AAAUUGUUGAGAAGUGUCUUCCUUUGAGUUCAAGUUGUAGACAAGUAUAGCUGAAUAUUGCAUUCAAGAAAUGGAAACUCAAGUGAAGUACAUGUGGGUUGUGGUGUUUGUUGUGAGUAUGAGCAUUGCAGGGCUCAACGGAGUGGAUGCAACUCAUGAUUACUAUGGUCCCUGUGGGAAACAUGACAUCGAGAAGGAGGCUCAGAAGCUGUCCCCAUGUACAUACGCAGCCAAAUACCGGAGAGCUCCUGUUUCCGAGCGUUGCUGCGCUAUAAUAGAGAAAAAGCUCAACAAUCCAGACUGCCUCUGCGCUAUUCUGCAAACUCGUACCGCAUACGAUGCCGGGGUGAGGCCAGAAGUUGCCGUUACCAUUCCAAAACGCUGCAACAUUGCUGUUCGUCCGGUCGGUCACAAGUGCGGAGGUUUCCCAUUUGUUUAAGCCUCAACACAUCCAACAAUCUAAGUAUGGUGGAUUCACUGUGACAUCCAUCUAGCGUUUUAUGCUUAAUAAAAUCUGCAGUUUUACUUUUUAUCUUUGAGCAAAUAAGUAAAAGUUGCAGUUGUUUCUUUCAAUAAUACU